AUGACGUCUUUGGCACGUCAGUUGGAACAACUUAAAACACCCGUUACUGAUGCUUUGGGUGCUGAACGUCAGAUUGUUUCAUUUCUUUUUGACAGAAAACAAGCUGGAGCAUUAGAUAGAGAAAAAUUUUAUCAAAUUGGGCUUAGUGGUCUAAAACAAUUAAAAGAAAUAGAUUCAGAUAUUGAUUGCUAUGAACCAGAUUUAUUUAGUGAAGAUAAAAUUAAUUUUCAACGAUCAAUGCUAUCAGCAGAAGAAAAUGAAAAAUUAAAUAAUAGCCUUGAAAAAAUGUUAUUUGUCUUAGCUCCUUAUUUUCAACAUACAGCUUGCCAUCAAGUUUUAGAGUGGUUAAUUUACAAGUAUCAAAUUCAUUCAUUUAAUGCAAAGGAUGUUGCUUCUAUUUUUUUUCCUUAUCAUUCAACAAAUUCAUAUGCAAGAUUGAUAUCAAUAUUAAAAGUUAAGAAUACAGAAUGGAAUUGGUUAAUUCCAUUUGCUAAAGAAGGUGUUUCUAUACCAUUUCAUAGAGUUUUGAGGCAUUGUAAAAAUUUCAACUAUCAAUUUCUUAGUACUAUUUGUAGUAUAAUACAAAGGGCAAUUAAAGUUGUAGGUGUAGAAUAUUUAGAUUCAAAAUGUAAUAUGUAUUAUUCAUUAUUUGCUAGUGUAGCAAUUCAUAUACUUGAAGAGAAUAAAAAUAUUGACAAUGCUUUAAUUGGUAGAAUUUUACCUGUUAUUGGAGAAGGUUUGAAAAGUAAAUCAUUUUCUUUUAAAUGUGCUACAAUGAUGGUAGUUACUCAACUUGCUUGUAGUGUUGAAUUGGCUUCUGAUAUUUUAGAAUCUAUUAUUAAAAUGUUGUUACUUAAGAUGAAACCUUCCAUCUUUCCAUUAGCUAUUCAAACAGUUGUUGUUUUAUGUCAAAGGCAAAAUGUUACUUCAUUUCCAUGUAAAACAUGGAGAAAAAUUAUAGUUAAGCAUGAAGAAUUAAAUAUAAGUAGUGUAUUGUUAGAUAUUUCAAAAGACACAGAUAUUAGUAAAUUUUUACUAGCCGUUUAUAAGACAAUGUUUGAAAUGUUAAAAGAAAAAGAAAUUUCUUCUGAAUCUAUGGAUAAUUUUUUUAUUGUAUUUAAACUAUUUACAGACACAGAAUUUUUAACAAUUGUAGAUGCAGUAUCUUUGUUUGAGUUAAUGUUUGAACAUUAUGGAAAUUGUAAGAGUGCAAAUGAACCAAUUUAUGGUUUUGAUUUAAUGCCGAAAUCAUUUCAAAUACAUAUGCGUGGAGUUAUCUUAAGAUUUGUUGAUGCAUUUGACAUUCGACGUGCAGAGUGGAUUCACAAAGAUAUGGAUGUUAUAACAAAAAUAAUGCAUGAUUGUAAAAUAGAAGACCAAGAAUUGGGUGAUAUAACAGGUAAUUUAAAGGCACAAAAAACUAAAAAAAGAUUAAGUACUUCAAAUAAUAUGGCUUCUAUCACCACUUCAUCUAUGGAUGAUGAACCUGUUAAAAAAAUUAAAAUAGCUGAGAAGGAAGAAAUUUUAAGUAAUGUACAAAUAGUUGUUGAAGAGAAAAAACCGUUUAAAGGAACUAUUCAAAAAUUACUAGGUUAUAUUGAGGGGGAAAAAUAUGAAAAAAUGGUUUGGGCUUUGAAAAGUUUUGAAAAUACUGAUUAUAUCAAUAAUCAGCCACAAGAUGAUUUAAUUGAAUUUGCAAUGGAAGGAUUUUUAAUGAUUAUAAAAAAUAAAGCUCCUGAUUAUCAUAGUGAAAUAAAAAGCGCAUUAUGUAAAAUUCCCUACAAUACAAAUGAUGUUUUGUGUUUAUUGAACCAACCAAAAGCUAUAGUAACUCCUGCUAGAAAAAAAGCUGCAACAACUAGUAAAACUUACUUUGAAAAUCAUUCUCCGGAAGAAGUAGAAAAGAGAAUUAUUACUGCUUUAGAAGUAUUUAUUAUUAUUGAAUCAUUUCCUGUAAACCAUGAUGUUAUUUUGAUUCUUUUUGAUAUUUUAAAUAACGAAACUAACAAAGGAAUAACUGAUCCAGAAUCAACAUCAAUAUACAUUCAAAAGUUGACUCUUUCUUUAUUAAUAAAAGCAUUUGACAAUCCAGGAAGUUAUAAAAUAAAAGAAAGUGAUUUGAAAUUAGAUCCAUUAGUUAAACAUAUUAGAUCAAUUACUAAUUUACGUAUUCUUAGAAGUUCUAUGAUGUUAUUAAUUGCUGCAUUAAAUGUUUCACCUGUCCGUGUUAUCAAACAAAUCAUGUCUGUUUUCACAUUUAUGGGAACAUCUACCGUUAAAAAAGAUAAUAGUUUAACUUUAGAAAUUUUUGAAGAAGCUGCUACAGCACUUUUCAAAUCAGUUAGAGUAUUAGAUAAAAAAUCUAAAAGUGGACCCAAAUAUAGACCAAAUGAACAGUUGAUUGGAAUAUCAAAAGUUUUAUGUCAAAGUAUUCUUGAUAUUCCAAUUCAUAGACGUAUAACAAUAGUUAGACACAUUUCAAAAUGUGUUGGGCCUACAAAAGUAUGGAUUGUUAUUCUCAUUUUAUUUGAAGAGUACUGUAUGAAGUGGCAAAAAAAUUCUGAACAACUAAAAAAUGAUGGUGAAAUUUUUGAGGAAUUAUGUUUAGAAAUGAUUUCACAAUUUACACCAGAAAUACAAUUUUUCAUUAUUCAUGAUAUUUUGAGGUAUAUUAUUUAUCUUGGUGGUGAUAAAACACCUGAACAUUUCAAUGCAAAAAAAUAUCCAAAUAUUAUUGAUAGAGAAAAAUUUAGUAUGCCAAAAUUAAGACAUCUUCGUUUUGUAAUAUUAGGUUUCAUUAUCAAAUUAUUGAAUUAUAAACCAUUGUAUGACAAAUUUCUUCCAAUGUCUGAUGAACAAAUUACAAAAAAUUUUUCUGCUGUAGGAAAAAAACUUCUACUUGUAAUUAUUGAUGUAGAUGAUUUUUUGACAGAACAACUUAAUGGUGCAGAUAGCAAACAUAAACAAGAUAUGCUUGAUGGUAAUGAUUCAACAGUUUCUGCAAUGACACUAAAAUAUUGGCUAGCUAUUUGUGCCAGAGGUGAUGUUAUUGGAGAUAAAAUUCGCAAUCUCCUUCCUGGUAAUGUUUCUGCAAACAUUAUUAAUGAGUUGUUAAAUGAAAGUGAAGACAAAGUUAGAACUGGUAUACGUGAUAAAGCAUUACAAUUAUUAAAUGCCAAACUUGUAAAUGAUGGAUUAUUUGAUACUCGUGCUAGUAUGGUAAUUAGUAAUGAAUACUUAAUUAAAUUUGCCAACAAAUUAAAAGAAUGGAUUAUUCCAGCUGAAUCAAAAGAAGAGAUUAAUCGUUGUAGAAAUGCUGCUUUUACCUUAAAAUUACUUGUUAGUCAUUGUCAAGAUGAUGAAACUAUUAUGGAUAUUUUUGUUAAAUGUAUGAAAGUUAUUGAUGGAAUAACUUAUUUAGAUAAUCUUAUGGUUGGUAAUGUUUUACUUCUAGCAUCAGAAAUAAUUAAGAUGAAGAAUAUGAAAAUUAUUAUAUUAUAUGCAGAAUCUUUAUCUAAAGUUUGCUUUGAAACAUUAAUUGAAUGUGAUCAAACAAUUACUAGAGAAUCUAUUAAUAAAAAAAGUAGUAAAACUGUCGUUGAAGAAAAUACUCUUAUGCGUAGAAGAAGACUUUCCAAGCAAAGUAUUUCUGGAAAGACAUUUGAAGCUGAUGCAUUAUUUAUAUGUUCACUUACAUGUCUUCAAAGAAUUACUGAAGUUGCUAUUCCAUUUAUUUCAUCUCAUUUAGAGAAACUUAUUAGAAUUUAUUGUAAUUUAUCUUUUAAGUAUGAUGAUGUUCCAUAUGUAUCAUUCAAAGAUAACUCUACACUAGUUCCAGGUACUUUUGGACAUCGUCUUAAUAGUAUCAAACAUAGAUUAAAAAUGAUUGGAGAAGCUGUAUGUAAUAUUGAAAUUCGUGUUGUUUUAACUCCAAUUCAAAACAUCUUGUUGGAGAAGGGUGAAUUCAAUCCAGGUAGAAUGUCUUUGUUACUUAAAACUUUAUCCGAAGUAUUUCAAAAUACUGAGACUGAUCAAGUUAAACAAUAUUCAAAAUCUCUUUGUGAAAUGUUUUUGAAACUUUUUGACAUUCGUAAACAUAGUACAUCAGAAGAACAAGAUGAAAUUGUUACCAAAUGUGAGAUAAAUUUAAUAGAAGCAUUCUUGAACCUUAUUGAUUGCUUAUCAGAGAAAAGUGUAAAUCCAAUAUUUGAUGAAAUAGUUCAAGCAAUGCAUUCUAUACUUCGUUCAAAUUACCUUACAAAUAGUUCUGAGAAUCUUCAAUUAAUAACUUAUUAUACAUUCUUCAACAAAUUUUACAAUGUUUAUGGUGGAUUAGCUUUACCACACUUUGGUAAGAUAUUUGAAAUGACACCUGAAAUUUUAUUAAAAACAAAUGGAAGAAAAACUGAUCAUUCAGAACUUUUACUUUAUGGAAAGCAUGAUACAUAUGAUGCUAAAAAAGCUAGUUCUCUUAUUUGUGCUAUAUUAGAUUUUAUUGCUAAUUGUGCCAUGAACAGAGAUUUCUUAACGGAAGAACGUGCCAAGAUGAUUUAUGAAGGUGUUAUUGACGAGUUAGAGAAUACUAAGAUUUCUGGACAUGAGGAAAGAUGUAGAAAUAAUCUUGCAAAUGCUUUCUAUCAUAUUGCUGAUUCUAAUGUUGACUUAUUUAACAAUGAAAUGAUUAUUAUGCUACUAGGAAAAUUAAAUAAUGAAUCAUCUAAGAUUCGUUAUAGAACAUUGGCAGUUAUUGAAGUUUUGAUUAAUAAAAUUGGAGAAGGAAUGGCAACAGUAUUACCACAACUUCUUGAAACCCUUAGAGGAUGUCUAUCUGAUACUAAUAGAAGAAUCGUUGAUGAAACCGAUAAAAUUAUUAGACUUUUAAAUAAUAAAUUUAGAGAUAAUGAUACUGAUGAAGAGGAUGAAUAG